AUGCAUUUAUCACAUACUAAACAAGAAGACACUAUCCUCCUACCCAUCCAUCCAAAGUCCAAACGAUCUAUCAAGACAUUCCUCUCACCAUACCAUCCUCGGCAGCUCUCCAAACUCCUCACACUCACACCCCUCCGCACAUCUCCGAUCAAACCCCCCAUCAAACCUCUCCCAGAAUUCCGCUUCUUCUCCCAACUUCCUUCCGAAAUCCGCGCCAUGAUAUGGACUAUCUAUUUCACCUUUCCCCGCAUCCACAUCACCGCUCUCGGCUCCCAACCCACAGCUUCAGAUCCCUGGCCUCUAACACUAUCCCGCUCGCCCCAUUUCCAUCCCUCGCUCCUCAUAUCCCACGAGUCCCGCUCUAUCUACCAACAAACCUGCUGGCUAGAAACUCUACAACGAAUGCACAUUCAGCCCCAACCCCCGAUUCGACAUCCGGCAUCCACAUCUUUCAACUCGACCUCUUUUCUCGCCUCUCCCGGAAGCGAUCUGGUAAAUUGGGACACCGAUAUUUUCUGGUUCAAAGGAAUUCCAACGGUCAAGAAGCUAUCGAUUGGUUAUCCAGAGAGCCAUAUGCAGAGAUACGAGGAUGUGCGGAAGGUGGCGCUGGAUUAUGCGGUUUUGGAUUAUGAGGAGGAUAGUUAUUAUUGGAGGAAGCGAUUUAAGGUUGGUUGGUAUGGGUUAGUUUGCGUGUUGUAUUUGUUUGAGUUUUUGGAAGAGGUUUAUUUUGUGCUUGAUGUGGAGGGGGGUCAGGGAGUUGGGAAAGGAGAUACCGAGGUCUCGUUUGAGAUGGUUGAUGCAGAAGAGAGAGUGAGGAGGAGGUUGGAGGAUGUGAAGAGGGAAGUAGAUAGGGAUGAUGGAUUGAGAUUUCCUCAAUUGGAUGAUAGAGGGAUUUAUCCGGGUUUGGAACGUCUAUUUUCUCGUCGGGAAAGGGGCUAUGGGUGGCAGAUUCCAAAGAUACGAUUUGUAUAUGCUAGGAAUAUUGGAUGA